UUCUUUUUAAUUUUUUUUCUUUAUAAAUAUGCUUUUAGAAAAUAAUUAGUUAUACUUGCACAAUCUCGAAACUCAAAUCCGAGAUAUAUAUAUUUUUCUGAACAGAUGCUCGUUAUACUUGUUACUUGUUAGUUAAAUUCUUGGAAAUUUGAUGGUUUUUUUCCCCUAACGAACUUCCAUGUUCAAGUUGUUACACAACUGCAAAGAAAAUUCUCACUAUUUUAGUUCCAUGAUUUCAAUUCUUCAAUCCAUUCUUCCAUUUCUGCAAAUCCUUCCAACGAUUCUUGCUUCUCUCUUAUUUCCAAUUUCUCUUUCUUGAUGGCUAUGGCGGAAGCUGGAGGACUCGUGUACCGGUACCCUGAAAUGAGAAGCUGUUUUCCCAGACAAGUUAGGUUACAGAAGACGAAUCUUCACAGUUUUUCAACUAAUCCAUUGUAUAGGAUUGAUUUUGUCAAUCGACGGCGAUUGAGUUCCCGUAACAAUAAUUGCAUUAUCAGCAUGGAUGCCCGAGAGAAAUCAAGACGAAUAAUAGUUAACUCAUCAAGACCUAAAACAAUCCCAGUGUAUGUGAUGCUGCCUGUUGAUAUUUUUGACACAGAUCCUUCUGGGGAUAUGAGGAUAAAAAAAAUGAAGGCUAUAAGAGCGUCUCUGAGGGCACUCAAGCUUGCUGGUGUACAUGGAGUAGCAGUUGAGGUUUGGUGGGGGGUUGUAGAGCGUUUCACUCCUUGGACCUACAAUUGGUCGCUCUAUGAAGGACUUUUUAAAUCGAUAUCCGAGACAGGAUUGAAGUUGCAUGCUGCCUUGUCAUUUCAUUCAGACAUGCGCUCAACAUCUAAAGGGAAAGAGGGUGUGAGUCUUCCGCUAUGGAUUCUGGAGGUUGGUGCUCGCAACAAAGAUAUAUACUACCAAGAUCAAAAGGGAAGGACCAAUGAUGAUUACCUUACUCUUGGAGUGGAUGAUUUGCCACUUUUUUGUGGACGAACUGCCCUCCAGUGCUAUGAAGACUUCAUAUCGAACUUUGUUACCAAAUUUGAUCGCUUAAUUGGAGACUUGAUACAGGAAAUAAGCAUUGGUCUUGGUCCUUCUGGAGAGCUUAGGUAUCCUGCACAUCCUUUUAAUGAUGGAAGAUGGAAGUUUCCAGGGAUUGGUGAGUUUCAGUGCUAUGACAAAUACAUGUUGGCUGAAUUGAAGACGGCUGCACGCCAAAUAGGCAAGCCUCAGUGGGGAAACCGAGGCCCACGAAAUGCUGGCGAUUACAAUAGCUUACCUUCUGGGGCUCCCUUUUUUGUAGAGGGAGAGGGAAGCUUUCUCUCUGAAUAUGGACAUUUUUUCCUAGAGUGGUAUAGUGAGAGAUUGAUUCAUCAUGCUGAUGCUAUUCUUGGGAAGGCAGCUCAAAUAUUGAAGAAGUUUCUAGAAACCAAGCAUCCUUCUGUUUUAUUAGUGGCUAAGCUUGGUGGUAUAUACUGGUGGUACAAGACAUUUUCUCAUGCUGCAGAACUUACUGCUGGUUACUACAAUACAGACACCAGGGACGGUUACGAUCCUGUUACUUCGAUGCUGUCCCGUCAUGGUGCUGCUUUACACUUUCCCAGGUGCUUAGAAAUGAGGGACACUGAAACACCGUUGUCCUGUUUCUGCAGUCCAGAGGGAUUGCUCAAACAGAUUGUGGAUGCUUCAGAACAGAACUUUAUUCAUUUGACAGGAAGGAACACAAAAGAACGGUUUGACAAGGCUGGGUUCUGGCAAAUUCAUACCAAUUGUUGUCAUCCAGGAGCUGAUGCCGUUAAAUCCUUCACUUAUUUUAGAAUGACUGAAAAAAUUUUUUGGCAUGAGAACUGGAACAACUUUGUCCCCUUCAUUAAAAUGAUGAGCACUAGUGGCUAGUAAUAUAGGUUUUUUAACCCUUACUCUUACUGUGACUACUACUGAAAGUCUGAAACAAAACAACAAUCGUUCAACACUGUAAUUCUUUUUGCUGAAAGAUGUGUUCAAUCAAUUCUUUACUAGAA